AUGGGACUGAACAGGUACGGCUGCGAUGUGGAGUCCCGGGCUGUGAUGGCGAUGCUUUUGAAGAAGCUAACCAUAGUCGCCCUCUUCAUCAUCAGCGGCUUCGGCACUGAUACUGAAGCCCUAUGUUACGCGCCGCUGGGCAUGGCUGAAGGCCAGAUCUCCGACUGUGAGAUCACGGCGUCCACUUGGGCCGACUAUUUCCGAGCUCCCGCCCGAGCUCGGCUGAACGGGGUCUGGGAGACCGGCGGGUACGCAGGGGCCUGGUGUGCCGCAACAAACGACAAUAACCCCUGGAUACAGGUGAAGUUCUCGGGGAGGGAGGUGAACGUGAGCGCGGUGGUGCUGCAGGGCCGGCAGGACCAGGACCAGUGGGUCACGCAAUACAGAUUCACGUACAGCGCCGACUGCCAGACGUGGAACACGUACUACGAUACGGGAAACAAUGACGUUCAGACCGGCGUAUCCGACAGGAACACGGUGGGGGUCAUGGCGUUGUCCUCCGCCGUCACGGCCAGAUGUAUCCGCAUCCACCCUGUCAACUCUGUGGGAGGUUCCGAGCCGUGCCUGCGCUUCGAGCUGCUAGGGUGUACUGUCAGAGAGUUUGCUGAGGACGACUGUCCGCCGGGGUACACAGGACACGGCCCUUACUGUUACAAGGUCUUCACUAGCGCAAAGAACUUCGCCGACGCCAGGGCGACCUGCGCCACGGACUACAUGGGCGGCAAACUCGUCAUCAUUAGGGACGCUGUAACACAGCAGUUUGUUGAGAGCCUGCGGCAUGACCCCACCGAGUCCUACUGGAUCGGACUGGACGACAUAGCAGCAGAGGGGCGAUGGGUGUACUCAGACGGGCAGCCCAUCGGAACCAUGAAUAGAUGGGGUUCAGGGGAACCGACUAUUGCGGACUGUGGUUACAUGUCACCGGAUGGGACCUGGGGUGCCUCUACUUGCGGACAAACUAAGCUUUACAUCUGUCAAGCAGAUCCCCGCACAUGCACACAUACGUACCUCCAGCAUUUCCUGCCCAUCCCUGGGUACAAGAACACCGCUACUGCCCAGACCCACACCCACACGCCGGGAGCCCCUCCGGAGAUCUGCGCACAGGCCUGCGUCUCAGCAGCCGGCAGCUGCAGCUCCUUUGAUGACAGCGCUUCCUCUGGCGAGUGUCGGACAUCUCCGGAAAAUCGUAUCUCCAGCCCGACCUCCAUCGUUUCGGACCCCGAUCGUACGCUGUACGAACUACGCUACAAUAACGCGGGCUACCAGGGCUGUUACAUAGACCAGGAGUGGCCUGAUAGGGACAUCAGGUACAACACGACAGUCUCCACGUUGAACGAAUGCAUCCGCCACUGCCGAGGGCAGUGUAAAGGCUUCGCUGCCAUGCAGGGUGAAGACCUGUGUUUCUGUUCCAACUUCUACGGCCGUUACGGCGAGGCUGCUGCGUCGGAGUGUAACAUCGAGUGUAGGAACGAAACACGGUCGAGAAAGUGUGGCGGUCACCUGAGGAGCUCUGUCUACUCGGCAGGUAUGGUGUCCGAUAAGUACUUUGAGGGAGCUGUCUCCGAGAAGAUGGAAUGCAAUCUUUAUGGUUGGGGCUGUACCAAGAGGGCGAUCUUUAAAACAAAACCGAGUGGGGCAUAG